UCUGUAGAUUUACCCUCUCAUCUCUUUCCUUAUAUAUGUUAUAAUUUGUCUUGGUUCAUGCUCUUAGGUUUGACGUUGAUAUUCAAGUAAGAAUGGAAAUGAAGCAAGCUGCUGCAACAAGCAACACAGAUCGGGAGAAUGCGACGACUAACCGCAUCUUUACGGCAGCAAAAUCUGGCAAUUUUGAUGAAUUGCGAGACCAUUUGGACGCGGAUUCCAGUAAGAUUAACGCUAGAAACAGCAAUGGAUUGUCACCGCUCCAUUUAGCCGUGAAAGGGGGCAGUCUGCCAUGUGUUAAACUUCUCGUCUCGAAAAACGCAGACGUGAAUAUGAUGGCUAGAUCAAGCCUGGUUGUGACAGGGCCGUCGGAGGAUGCAUGGACACUAGCUUACUCUGAGUGUGCAUUAUCACCAUUCCUUCUUGCCUGUCGACUCGGCCACCAGUCGAUAGUCGAAUUCCUGUUCUACAACGGUGCUGAUCUACGCCAGACCAAUGCCGAUGAUGAUCUCAAUUGCUUAUCCUUGGCCAUCAUGUAUAACCGGGAGGAUACUUCGAAGUUUUUGGUGACGCAUACCGAUUUCGAUACACUCUUGGUCCUUAUGAAGACGAAAUCACAUGACCUCACUUUGGGCCUGGGACGUCGAGCAUUCAAAACGUCUACGCCUAUGAGACAGCUGAUACAAUACAUGCCUGAUGUAGCUCAGAUCGUAAUGGAUAGAUGCAUCACAUUAAAUGAAAAUGGCGAUGAAGUCAAGUGCUACCUGGAACUUCUCGAUGAUUACUUUUCUCCUUGGGCACAGCAGAACAAAUAUACCAAUGAUGUCUUUGAUGACGAAGGAAACUUACUAGUGAAUGCUCAACCAAAUCGUACUCACAUAGAAAAUGACAAUACUGAUGUCUUUGACGACGAAGGAAAGCUAUGCGUGGACAUUGAACAGAAUCAUACUAAAAUAAGAAAUGGUCAUCACCCAUUGGCCCUUAUGCAAGAACAGGUGCGCCACGUCCAUCUUCUGACCCAUCCUCUCUCCAUCAAGCUCAUCGAACACAAAUGGCGAGUCUUUGGAUUCGCAUUGAACUUGGUCUCCCUCCUUGUGUAUCUCAUCUUUCUAAUUUUUCUCACUGGAUACGUGUUGGUGAAUCCCCCUUCUUUUUACUUCACGUUCUACAAUGACACCCACGUCGAUUGGGUCUACGAUCCGAGCAAGCUGUUACCUGAUGAAACGUAUUCUGAAGCUGCAAAGUAUUUCUUUGGGAGUAACAGUGCUGGAUUCCUGUUGACGUUGGUUGUCCUCAAUGUUAUCAAAGAGAUAUUUCAGUUGUACAGCCAAGGACAGAGUUACUUUAAUUACCAAAGUCUUUUAGAGUGGUCUAUCUACGUGUUGACAUUCUGUCUCGUAAUACCAGUCAGUGAAGCCCGAUACGAAGAAUAUGUGUUAAGACAGAAAUGGCAAUGGCAGUGUGGUGCAUUGGCUAUCUUUCUGGCAUGGAUCAACCUCACCCUCUACGUUCGACAAACAUCAAGCCUCGGUAUCUACGUCAUCAUGUUUGAAGAUGUCCUUCUCAGUACUGUUCAAUUUCUUGCCGUCAUCUUGCUCUUCAUUGUGGCAUUCGCUUUAGCCUUCAACACCUUACUUUUAAAUCAGACUGAUUUCCAUUCCUUCGGGGAUGCCUUUCUUCGAACGUUUGCCAUGACGACAGGAGAGCUGGACUUUAGUCGGAUGUUUCACUCUCAGAACUACCUUGGGACUAAGAACGAGAGCCCAGUGGAAGACUACAUUCUGACUGCUGUCUUCUCAGACAUCAUUACCAGCAUCACCUUUGUUGUCUUUGUCAUCACGAUGCCCAUCAUUGCCAUGAACUUGUUGGUUGGUGUGGCCGUUGAGGACAUUCAUCGCAUUAGACAGAAGGCAACAUUCUAUUACAUGAAGUUAAAGGUGGAUCGUGUGAUAUCAGGAGAGAAUAUGGCUUUUGGUACCCCACUACGUAAAUACGUCAUAAGAUGGCUUCCUAUCACGGUUCAGUAUUUGAACAUGCAACUUUCACGUCAAUCCAGAGCAGCAAGGUUUCGAUCUUGGUUUACUUCUGUCUUCGAUUUUGAAAAGCUUCGAGAAAGCGUUCGAGAGGUCUGUUUGAAGAACCAGGAGAGAAAAGAACUUCGCGCAAAGAGUUCACCUAGCAGUCAGGAUGACCAGACCGAUGGUGGAACUGACCAAACCGUACUUCAAAAGCUACGUCAAAUGCGAGACGAAAUCAAUGGAAUGAUAGGUCAAAUUGAACAUAGUACUGUAUAAAGGUAUAGGAAAAGUAAACAGAAACAGCGAGCGGAAUUGUGUAUGUCUAUGCUAAAUAUUGAUUCUCCAGAUCUUUCUCGAGUUUUCACUCCCUUUUAUUGUUCAAUCUCGAAUUUUACGUGGGAGAAACAAGUCUAGAACUCAGAGUAAUGAAAGAGGAUGGUGCACUGAUCUGACACUUUUUGGUAACUACCAUGAUAACAGGGAAAGCUGUCAGUGGUACGUAGUAUAAUGGCGAACUUACCUCUCAUUGGGCCCUAAGCUACAGUACUACCUUGUUCUAUAAGACAUGGCCUGACCACUGGACCAUUACAUGCUCACUUUCUCACCCCUCCAAAAAUACCCACGAAUUGUUUUCAGACGCGCCAUUUUGUUUCAUAUUUUAAAAGAGAAAACACAAUUCGGUCAAAGUAGAUGAGUCACUGACCAGUUCAUGCAGUGCAAAUAUCGAUAAUGCAAAACGUCCCGAAGCUUAGCUUCAUUACUUUUCUAUCAUGUUUUCGUCACCUUUUUUCCUGCGUAAAACUCUUUAUAUUGGAAUAGGCUUUAAUCCGAAUUUUUAGUUUGGAAUCACAAUUCAAUCUAUCUUGAUUUAGAUGGAGCGAGUGCAAGAAAAUUAUCGUAUUUCUUGAAAUGAACAAUAUGAAUGACUUUUUUAAAAAUCUUUUAUGUAGGCCUAUAUUAGACCGCUUACAUAACCAAGAUCGCUCCGACCAUCUUAUUAUGCAUUAUACAUGUUAUAAAGUAGUCGAAACGAUGUUUAGAUUCAAUAUUUUAUUAGCCUGCAUUUCCGUAAUUUCUUUUCCUUGUAAUUCUUAUUAUUUUUUAUCAAAAAUGAUAACGAUCACCAAAGAUCUUAUAAAGGCAAUCGUCGAGAGAGGAUAGAAUAUGUUCGAGGUGUUAUAUUUCUUACUAAAACAAUAUGAAUACCUUGUUGGAAAUUCUAUUGUGUAUUUGAUCAUCAAAAUGGCUGAAUUUGCUUGUUUUCUUAAUUGUGUUGCGCUUUCUUUCCUUUAUGACAACACAACAAUUCCUUAUACGAUUAUGCAUAAAAAACAAUCAGAUUUAGAAGAUGGAUGGCACAUGUGUGUGUGUGUGUGGGGGGGGGCAUAAUGCUUUCAUUUAUCCACAAACUCUUUCUUGAACUUUGUUUUGUUGAGCUUGCCAACCGUACUUAUUCACCGUACGACGUAGGAGUAGCAUUAGCGAGAUUUUUUUUUGAUGUUACAAGCGUACUAUAAUAUUUCUGACAAAUCAUUACGAUCUUACGAUCACGGUUUGGUACGGAAAUGAAAACGGGACAAUGUUUUCGUAAAGCACAAGUGAUUAGUUAUAUUAUAUCUAGAUGAGAUGUUAUAUAAAAAAUGUCAUUUUUGGCAGAUUGUUUUCCGAUGAUUGAAUUGACUUGAAAUAAAUAAAAUAAUGCAGAAA